AUGAUAGCGCAAACUGCUACGCGGCAUCAGCCGUCUCCGUUCUCUCCUCAUCCGAACAGCGGCCGUAAACGUAAACAUGCACCAGACACCAUCUAUCCUUCUUCCCCGUCUCUACUCGCAUCAACUAUGCCAUACCUUUCUGGCUUUGAUCUUGAGCAACCAAUGCCACAGACAUGGCAACUAUCAUCGAUGACAGCCAUGGCACAUGAGGCCCGGCCCAUAGAUCCAGACAUACUUAAGACUAUCAACGAGCUCGACAAUGGUCCGAUAAACAAUCAACCUCAAGAGCUUGGUGUUCUUGGCGGUCCAGUUUGUUUUGAUUCACUGAUGGUAUUUCCAACAAUUGAAGAUCAACCACAAAGCUGCGCAUCUCCAACAAGUUCGAAGUGUCGACCCUCGCCCCAGGAACUCGGUAGUCAACCUUGGGAGACUAGUCUUCUUGGGGGCCCGGUUUCUUUUGAUUCACUGAUGGCAUUUCCGACAAUUGAAGACCAACCACAAAACCCCACAUCUCCAACGAGCUCGAAGUCUCGACUCUCGACAUGGCCUUCUAGCGCUAAUGAUUCCUGGUCAUGCACCUCCACUGAACGUAAACGUGCUCGAAGUGCACGCAGCAGCAAUGAGACCCAGCCAUUUGCUGCGCCAGUACGUCCGUUAUCUCCUCCUAUCGAAGAGAUGUACCCCGAUGGAUUCGUCUUAUGGGAUCCGGCGAACCCUGGGAAGUCUGACAACAUUCGCGAGAAAAUCCCUCGCAACGAGUCUGAACUUCUGCAACAGAGAGAAGAUACUGCUGCACUCAAGAAAGCUGGCGGCUCAUGUAUGGCGUGCUAUCGGGCCAAGAAGAAGUGUGGAACAACUACACCAUGUCCUCCAUGCUUUUCUAAGGGUAAUCGAAUCUGCUUUCGAAGUUGGGGAGACCUGUGCCUGCUUGGGCCACCGACCGGGGGCUCUCCUACGAUUCUUGGCUUCCCGUCCCAAGAGGCGAAAGAUAAUUUGCAACGUAUGAGUGACGAGGUCUUCAAGCACGUAAAUGCAUUCCAGGCAAUUGUCAAUAUUCGCGGAACAUAUGGCGGAAACUGUACUGCAUGGCAUUGGACAGUAUCGAGGUCCAGUAUCACACUAUCGAGUAAAACGGAGUGCCCUGUCGAUGAUUUUCUUGCUGGUGUUACCAGCAUCACCCCGCUCGUGGAUUUGCUCAAAUUUGAAGAUCAACACAAAUCUAGCCCACUAGUCUGGGGCGCACUCAGAAUGGCAAAUCUGUUUAUGGCCAUUCAAGGCUUGGCGCAAGCUCGAAUCCGUACGUCCUGGUUUGAAAUUACCACCGGGCGACUUGUCUCAUUUUAUAUUUUGAUUCUUUCUUUUCGGAAGCUCGCAGAGAUGUCUAGGGAAUUUUGCCCUGAUUUGUACCUGGCUCUUUGUGGAAAGGACAAGCUGAACAGCAAUAAGAAAAACCGGGCACGGAAAGAAAAUGAGAUCGAUCCCGCUUGGCUCGCCGCAGCAUUAUAUUACCGAGUGGUAUGCAGCUUGCAAGAUCUUCAAAGCAACCCAGUCGUUGCGAGAAUAUUUGGCCCUUCUAGCUGUUACCUGAGUGGUGUUCGCGAAAAACUCGAAGAUAUCCUGCGCAAUGUGUCCCCCCGAGUCCGGGCUACAGGAAAAUCCUCCAGUAGAGCGAUUCUAGAGGAUAAAGUUCCAAAACUCGCGACAUCCCCAGACAUCGACAUGGCUUUCUGGCUUGGAGUGUUGGAUGACCCCGAGCAGGUGUCGUCGUCUGUUUUGGGCCGGCAAGACAGUCCCUUUUCGCCGCCAGCUUGCCAGAUGCAAGUAUUCCUGGCUGAUCAUUUCCCUCGGCCUUGCCGUGUGGUGAAUACUGUUGAGCAGCACGAUGGGCACUUACAAUCAUCAGUGACUUUUAACGAUACGGCGAUCUUCCAAGAACAUAAUGCCUUUCAUAACGUGGCCUAUCCUGAUCAAGUCCCAAUCGUUGACUCGAAUAGUCUGUUCGAAUUCCUCGGCAAAGAUUAUGACGAUGCAUUCGAUCCAAUGGCUCCGACCUUUGAUACAAUGCCCCUCGAUACAAUGCCAUUCAAUGGCAAUAUCCGGCAAUCUCUUUACAACUGUUGA